GAAUGAGGCCUCAGUCAGUGCUGUGUGAGUCCUCGGUGCAGUAGGAGUACAGUUACGUAGUGAUAGUGUUAAAGUACUGAGGAAGUAUUAUCGUACCUUUGGAAGACUAGAGACGGCACUUAGAAAGCCAAGCAUUAUGUCUACAGGGAAAGCGACAAAGAUUCUGGUGGUGGCGGCGGCGGUGGUGGCGGCGGCCAUGGGACACACCCUUCACCUGGGCCGCACCUGCCCCGAGGUGAUGCCCUUCCCCAACCUGUCAGUUGAUAAGGUACUGGGUUCCUGGUACGUGGUUCACAAGUUCGACACGGACAACACAUGCCUGAUGUGGAACAUGACACAUGGGCCACUGCCGGACACACUGCUGGUGAAGGAGACCCGCCAGCUGGCAGUCCUGGACACUCUGGGCGUGGACCACACUCACGCCAUCACCGCCAGGGUGGACAUCCCCAACCCUGAGGUGCCCGGCAAGAUGCGCAUCAGGUGGCCUACUUCAGCCUUGACGGGUUCAGCAGACUUCAUUGUGUUCGACACUGACUACGAGACCUACAUGGCCGUGUUCGAGUGUGACCGUGCAGGCCUCCUUCACCGCCGCUCCGUUGCCAUCCUCUCCCGCUCACGAAACAUCGAUGUUAUGUUCGUCAAUAGGGUGCGUCGCCUCCUGGACGCCGCAGGUGUGAGCCACUCUGCCCUGGAAGCCAUCGACCACGACCUCUGCAAGACCAAGGGCAAGAACAACUGGCACGUGGACGAGGAGCUGUUCGGUCUGCUGCCUGGGGUAACGGAGGAGGAGGUGCGGCGAAGGGUAUCUGAGGACGUCGAGAAUUAUGACAUCUCUCAAAUUGAGAUAAUAGGAGACGGUGUAAUGCCCGAGGGCGACUUCAGGGGCAGCAUUAUACGUGGCGUCCCCGGGAAUAGUGACAUCAGGAGCAAGCCUCAUGUGUGAAGCGCCCCGGCUGAGCCGACUUGCACGGUCCACAGUCAACACACCGCCCGGCAACAUUCAUGCACGCACCACGCGGUCAUGAAACAUAAUACGGUAUCCCAAAAUAUGUGAAUUAUGUAUGAUUACGGACUGUAUUAAUUGCCUUAUGAGGACUGAUUAAUUUGAUGUAUUAUUAGUAACAUGAAAUUCAUUACACGGCGCGCCAGUUACAGUCCAGGAUGAGAGAGAGAGAAGAAAAAAAAAAAAAACUAAUUUCUCUGCACAUGAGAGGCAUUCUUACCCCAUCCAGGUAAGAAAACACUGAAUUAAAAUAAAUUAGAAGAGUUGCUAAUCUCACGUGGAUUGCGUGGAUGAUUAGAUAAGGGUGCUUUAUCAAGGCCGUAAGGGAACAGCCAGUACUCAGGGACAAAUAGUGUGCUACUGACUGCCUUAGUAACAAGCUGUGGAGUUAUUGUAAGUGGAAAGAAGUAAUACAUACUGAGUGUUACUCUGUGGUAUCAUGAACGUGUGCUCAUUAGCGCUACUGACUUAGCAUGUGAAGAAACCUAGUGGUGGAGGAAUACUUUGCAUACAUACCAAUAAGCAAUACAUGGGAGAGGAUGUUUUGUUGAUAUUAAUAAAUAAUUGAAAUUA